AUGUAUAACAUGAUGGAACACGAGUUGAAGCCCUCUGGGCAACAGCAGUCGCACCAAACCGCCAUGUCUCCGGUCACCGGCAACUCUCACCCGGGGUCCAAAUCCCUCUGUCCUCCGGGCGGGGACCCCAUGGACAAGGUCAAAAGACCCAUGAACGCCUUCAUGGUCUGGUCUAGGGGCCAGCGCCGCAAGAUGGCCCAGGAGAACCCCAAGAUGCACAACUCUGAGAUCAGCAAGCGGCUGGGCGCCGAGUGGAAGCUACUGACUGAUGCUGAGAAGCGGCCAUUCAUUGACGAAGCAAAGCGCCUCAGGGCGGUGCACAUGAAGGAUUACCCCGAUUACAAGUACAAACCACGCCGUAAAUCCAAGCCCCUGCUCAAGAAGGACAACCAGAUGGGAAAGUACCCUCUCUCUGCCGGGAACCUGCUGGCCGCCGCGCAGGGCCAAGGUGGGAGCCCCAGGAUGGAGAGUUACGGGUGGGGCCCGGCGGGAGGUUACGCCGGGAUGCAGAGCGAGGCCCUGGGCUACACUCAGCAGCUGCACCGCUACGACCUGUCCGCGCUCCAGUACCCCCAGGCCAUGACCGCAGCACAGACGUAUAUGAACGGUGCCAACACUUACAGCCCUAUGUCUUACAGCAGCAGCCACCAGCAGCCCAACCCAGUCAUGUCCAUGGUGAAGCCAGAGCCAGUGUCGCACUCCCCAACUGGUGGACCUAACCACCACCGUGGGCCUCUCCAGGGGGACCUGAGGGAUAUGAUUAGUAUGUACAUCCCCGGGGGGGACACCAAUGACCCUGUCUCCCAGAGAGGAGGCUACAGCGUCCAGCAACACUAUCUCAGUGGGACUGUGCCUCUCACUCAUAUCUAG